AUGGACCUGGGAGAUUUCCAAGUCGAGCCAGGCACCGUCAUGUACAACUUCGCCGACGACGGGUGGCGCGGCCGGCUGUGGCUCCGCACCCACUGCACCACCGACAACCACGGCAUCUUCUCGUGCCUCACCGGAGACUGCGGUUCCGUGGUGCAGUCGUGCGAGGGGAAGCCGGCCAAGGCGCCCGUCACCCUCCUCGACUUCCUCAACUUCAGCGGCAACGACACCCAGUACACCUACGGUGUCAGCCUCAUGCACGGCUUCAACGUGCCCGCCAUGGUGUACCCGCAGAACUCCUCGUGUGAGCCGACGGGGUGCCCGGCCGACAUCAACGCCAUCUGCCCCAGCGACCUCCGGGUGAAGGACUCCGCCGGGAACACCAUCGCCUGCAACAGCGCGUGCGACGCCUACCGAGACCCGAAGCUGUGCUGCAUCAACGAGUACGGCAGCCGCGCCAAGUGCCAACCUUCGUCGCAGGCGAAGGUCUUCAUGCGCGCGUGUCCUUUGGCGCACACAUGGACGUACGACGGCAGGGCCUUCGCUUGCUGGGGGUCGGACUUCAACAUCACCUUAUGCCCCAAAGUUUAG